AUGGCAGGGCCUGCCCUCCACAGAGCCCCCGUGCUGUUCCUGGCGCUCCUGGCGCUCCUGGAGCGGAGCACGGCAGACUCCCUUGCACCUGGAACACCUGCCCGGAACCUGCCUGAGAACCACAGCGACCUCCCUGUCCCCUGGACACCCCAGGCCAGCCACCACCGCCACCGGGGCCUGGGCAAGAGGGAGCAGGGCCCAGGCCUGCCUGGCCGGGCCCAGGAUGGGGCUGGGGUCACCGCCUCCAGGCAGGCCUCUAGGCUGCCAGGGGCUGGGGUGCUGCCGCCGGGCCAGGGUCCUGCAGGCCUGCUGCUGGACACGGACCUGCUCCUGGGGCUGGCCGUGCCCUACGCUGAGAAGGAGAACCGGUCUCCAGGGUGGGACAGGGUGAAGAAACGCAGCAGGGAGCACAAGAGGCGCAGGGACAGGCGGAAGCCUCACCGAGGCCGCGCCUUGGUCCCCAGCUCCCUGAGGAAGAAGGUGGAGCAGCCUGAAGCCCGGACACUGGCGGCCGCCACGGAGGAGCCCUCCACCAGCCUGGCGCCCGCCAUGCUCUCCCUGACCACCCUGGAGGCCGCGCCUGCCACCCAAGAGUCCCUGAUCCUGCCUGUCACCUCUCUGCGGCCUCAGCAGUCGCAGCCCAGGUCUGACGGGGAGGUGAUGCCCACGCUGGACAUGGCCUUGUUCGACUGGACAGAUUAUGAAGAUUUAAAGCCCGAAGUCUGGCCCUCUACAAAGAAGAAAGAAAAAAAGCCGAGGCACAGAGGACAGCUCAGCAACGAGACAUCGCCAGCCGAAGGGGAACCGUGCGACCACCACCAGGACUGCCUGCCAGGGACCUGCUGCGACCUGCGGGAGCAUCUCUGCACCCCCCACAACCGCGGCCUCAACAACAAAUGCUUCGACGACUGCAUGUGUGUGGAAGGGCUGCGCUGCUACGCCAAGUUCCACCGGAACCGCAGGGUCACGCGGAGGAAGGGGCGCUGCGUGGAGCCCGAGACGGCCAACGGCGACCAGGGAUCCUUCAUCAACGUCUAGCGGCCCGAGGGAGGCGCCUCCCGUGGGCCCGGGACCGAGGCCGGGGGUUUGGAGAAACCGGGCGACUUGUAACCAGCAGUGGGACAUCAGUCGGGACCAAAUGGCUUAGGCUGCCAUUGCAGACUUGGGACACUCAGCCCCAGAGCGGGCCCGCUGGGCAGCCGAGCCGCCCCCUCCCAGGAGACACACCGCAGCCCACCUGCACCUGCCCGGCGGACCCGCGCAGCCCGCAGCCCGCGUGUCCGGCUCUCCGCGAUGACCACGGCGAGAGCGCCCUCUACUGUCCGUCCGCAGCACUGCAGCCGCUUCACGUUCAUAACGCGCCGUUUUGGAGCGUGAAACAAAGCUGGUGGCCCCCAGGACGAAUCUGGAACUCUCUUGUGUACCAGGCGCCGCGCUCAGAGCGCGGAAUGCGUUGUCUCUUGGGAUUAUCACAAUGACCUCUUCUAGCCGGCACCGGCACCGUUCUGCAGGUGAGGACACUGAGGCUCGCUUGGUUGCGUGGCUUGUCCAGGGUCUCGGAUCAGAUCCUCAAUCUUAACAUAGGUAAGAGUCCCCCCGGGUCUAGUUGACAUGCAGAUUCCAGCUCAGCAGAUGGCAAUGGGAGGGGAGGAUCUGAGCCUGGGCCAGGGCUCUCAAGCACCAAGGACCAAGUUCUUGCCCUUCACAGCCAGAACUUACUCCAGGUUCUCCAUGGCUUUCUGCAAGAGAGAUGCAGUUCCUUUUGGCUGGAAUAACUUGUCUGUUCUCCACCUUCCCUGAACAUAGGUGGAUUAUCUUUAAAAACAAGAUAGCAUGGACAUUAAGCAUCUGUGUGUGUGCAAGGACUGAUCUGGACAAAUUAGUCCCUGUCCUCUGGUGUCCAUGUUCUGAGACAUGAAGUGUUGUGGGGGUGGGGGGCAAUUACCCUGCUCCGGAUGUUCCUGCGGUCUUACUCACCAGCCUGGAAACAUGCUCUUCCGAGGUGUCCUGAGAGUGCCUACCCCAGCAGUUCUGACACAAGCAUAGAGACACACGGACACUGGUCACCUGCGUAUACCCACUCGGCACACUGUUUAGUGAUCCCCAGGUUCCCCUGGAGACCAUCCCUGGACCCCACCUAUACUUCUGCAGCAGACCCCAUUGGAAAGUGGAGGUACCUCUGAGAUUGGGUGCUUCAGAGAGCAAGACCCAUGAUACCCACCAGCAGAUCUGGCUCCAGGGUUGGGACAACCAUUUAAAUCCUCUCACGUGGCAUGUCACUCCUGGUCACUGUCUGGUUCAGGGCAAACCAGGCUGCAAAUGACAAAAGUUUUCCUUAUCCGAACCCCUCACUGGCCUGGACCACAGCCCUGGGAUGCCAGGACUGUUUACAGCUUUGGGCAAAUCAGUUGAGGUCAAGGGUCAGGCACCAAGGAAAGCAGGCAGAUCUAGAAGAAAUCCAAUAUGCCUGUUCUUCCCUCCCUCUUCAAGUUUGAUCGGCACGGGAAUCUUGGGGGCAGAAGAGAGGGCAGGAGAACUGAAACGGAUCAAAGCCGGCUGGUUGGAAAGUGAAUCUGCCAGCCAUUUUGUGUCCAAGACCAGACAAGCUGCAUGCUGGGAGCCUCCCAUGGCGUGGAGGAUUCUGGAUUGUGCUGGCUCUGUGGGGGAGAAUCUUCAGGGGUGCCUCCUGGCAGAGACUCCAGCCUUGCUGUGGCGGGGACCCGCAGUUAGGAAGGCCCAGCACAUCAGCAGUGGAGAGCAAAGCUGGAAAGGCUGCAGAAUUAUCACUGCCUACCACAGUGGAAAUCCCAGGACACGUCUCUGCCCUAAAUACCUCCAUUUUGCAUUGGUGGGGGAGUGGGUGGGAAGGUGGAAUCCAUUUAACUUCAGAGUUGGGGAUUCCAAAGCCCCUCAACUGUUCUAUCCACCUCCCUGCCAGGAGGUUCUUCCUUGAGUCUAUCUUAAAUUUCUUUUGCUGGCACAGAAGCUGAUUUCCUCUAAUCCAGAGUUCAACAAACUUUUACCAUGAAGGGCCAAAUAAAUAUUUUACACUUUGCAGACCAUAUACUCUCUGCCAAACUGCAGGACAGCCAUAACUCAAAGCAGCCAUGGACAAGGUGGAAAUGAAGCCUCUUGGCUGUGUACCCCGGGGAACACUCGUGGACAGGUUUGAGAUUCGUAUGAUUUUCCCAGGUCACAAAAUAUUCUUCUUCUUUUGAUUUUCUAAAAACCACUUAAAAUGUAAAACUAUGCUUACCUUGCAGGCUACCCCCAAACAGGCAGUGGGUCAGAUUUGUCCAUAUUCCGUCAGCCCUUGCCCCAAUCUGUUCGUUCUUAGCAAACAUUGAAUAAUCCAGGAACUUCCAAAGGCCUGCGGUCGAGGUGCCAAGACGGUUUUGAUAUAGACUUUGACUCGUUUUGUUUUUUGCAAUGCUAGGGUUCGAACUCAGGGCCUUGCACGGGCUGGGUAGCUGCUGUACCACGGAGCUACAUCCUACUUGGUCUGAGUUGUGGUCCAGGCUUCAUAUUUCCCAGGUGGCUCUAGAGAACCUCUCCUCUGGCCUCCCAUCUCUUGCAGUCCAGCCUGUGAUGAAAAUAGCCGGUUCCACCUCUCACCACCUUGCUGACCUUUGGAAAGUUACUUAAGGUCUCUGUGCUUUGGUUUUUCACCUGUAAAAUGGGGCCUGGGGCUACAGGUAUGUCUCAUGGUAGAACGUUUGCCCAGCAUGUGUGAGGCCCUGGGUUCAAUCCCCGGCACUACAGAAAAUAGAAAUGAAAUAAAACAGGGAUAAUGCCUCUUCCUUCAUAGAGGUGUUGUGAAGAAGAAAUGCCUAAUCCUUAAGAGGCGUUUGGAACAGCACAGACACGUGACAAACCCGCAGUGCCACCUAAUCAAUCAUUCUGGGAGAGUCUUAGUAGGCCUUCUGGUCUCAGUGACUCAUCACGUACUUAGAGACGUUAUCUGUCACCACGCAGACUUCACAGUAUGUUCGUCGAAUGCUGGGCCGUGAGAUGCUCCAUCAGGAAAAAGGGGUGGGGUUCUGUGGAGUGUGGAAGAUUGUUCUGGACACCCCUCUGAGCAGCAGGUGUAGAUUCCAGGCACUGCCGCAGAGCUGGAGGAGCAAGUGACUUUCCCCAAGUGUAAGAAUAUGCCACAGGGAGAGCCGAGCUGGGUGCAAGAGGAAACCAGUAGCUGCUGGGACGGUCAACGAGCCCACCUGUGGAUCCUCCAGCUGAAACCUCGCUGCCAUUCCCAGCGAUCCCCACCGUAACCAGGGGACUGCCUUUCGGUUCUUGGUCUGGUGACUCCAAGGGUGGUUUCUGUGCCUGCUGGUAAUGAGCUGAAGGUCUGAUGACAUGAGAGACAAAUCUCCUGGGAAAAAUGACAGCUUAAUUUGAUCCUUGAAAAGUGACUGAGGGCAAGUCAAAUCCCAAAGCCACAACCCACACGUACCACUGAGUCACUGCAAGGUGGAUCUUUAGAAUAAGCCAUGGAGACAGCGGGGCCAUGACCUUACCAUGAGGUUCAACUUUGCAGCUGGAUACAGUGGACAUUUACAUAACCUGCAAAGAACACGUUUAGAAGCAACAGGACAACCAGGAAACCUGGGAGAGGCUGCAGCAGCCCGGGAAGGGAGCCGCUGAGAGCUUCACAGGGCUGGGUUGGGCUCCGUCCCUCCAAGAUCACGUGAUGCUCGCAGGCACUAGCAGUGUGUGUGUGUGUGUGUGUGUGUGUGUGUGUGUGCCCGGGGUCUGUGGGCAGGGGUGGGCAGUUGCAGAACCAGGGGUUUAUAUUUCAGGGAGAAUGUUUUCUGGAUUCUAAGACAGAACAGGUGAUCUGAUGCAGGAUCCUUGGGGAACACUUCUGGCUGCGAGAGGCUGUCUGGUCCUCGCCCCUCAAUGUGGCCCAGGCCUGCAGCAUCGCCCGGGAGCCUGGUGGCAGCACAGAACCUUAGCCUCCACCCCAUACCUACUGAACCCAAAUCUUGGUGUGGGGUGGGGUGGGGGGGCGACCCAGCCACCUGGCUUUUGGCAAGUUCUCCAGGUCAUCCUUUUGCACCAUGAAGUUUGAGAAUCCCAGGUCUGGGAUGCAGAGUGGAAAACAGGGAUGUGGAAUGGUUGGGGACACUGGGGUAGUUCAGGGCAUUUGCAUUCAAAUGUGUGUUGGCAAAUCCGAGAUCCGCUUUGCUGUGCCACUCAGACUUGCAGGCUCUGGCGCUGCCUCCUGGGCCGGCACUGGCCCUCUGUUAGAGGAAAGGAGAUGGGGCGCUGGGCCUCGGACCCUCAGUCAUGGGGUUUUCUGAUUUAGGAAGUUCCUUGGGGGCGUGGCUCCUGUUUAAAGCCUGGGAGCAGCAGGUGGGCUGCACCCUUACAGCCCCAUGACGUCCUGUUGCAUGUGUGCCGC